AUGGCAACCGAGGGAGAGAAUGAACGGGCCGCCGUGUCUGGGAACGCUUGGAGAGCUGAACCUGCCUCGUCGAUCCUUGCUUCGCGUUUCGUACCGCAUCUCGCAACCCAGGGAAAUGAAACACACCUAACCCGGGAAACGUUUGCACAGCUUCGCCGGGAACUUCUUAGUGAAAUACAAAGUCAACUACGUGUUGACGAAGAUGUCACUGAUGUCAACAAACUCAUAUGCAUUGUCUUAAAGGCCGGCCUAGAGAUCAGCCCGCACGGGGACACAUCAGAGCAAGAUCGGGAAGGGCAAGUCCUCGACUGCUUAGAUAUUAUCCAGACCAGCAUUGAGAAAGCCCCCCAAGCUUUAUGGGAAAACUCAGACCCUUUCAUCCUGGGUGAGGACAUACAUGCUCCUCUAUUCGCAUGGCUAAUCCUACGAUUGAUCCGACUCGCCACGACCUGGACAUCCGAAACCGUUCGAGAAAAGAUCCAACUUCUUUGUACGAGCCUAGCUUAUUCCCAGUUCAAGCAACCCCGUUCAUUGCCUGCAAGCUAUGCCGUUGCUGCAUUUCUACGUGCUUGCACGUCAGGUCCGUUCUUUGCCCCCGACUAUGUAAAACCCUGA